AUGCCUUCACACGUGCCUUCAAGCUUUGCCUCUGCCGCCGCAGGUCAAGCUUCGGGUCGCGACUCUCGAACUGCGAGGGGCGAUGGACGAGGAAGCGGGGACUGGCCUCGAAGAGAAAGCAGAGCAACUAACGGUUUCGUGCCUCUUAACUCCCGUCGCACCUCAUCUACCCCGUUUUCAUCAGCCCAAGACGCGUCCCAUCCGCCCACCGAUUCCGAGAUAUCAGCAUCACAGUCAAUGUCGAAUUCGAUGUACGAUCAGCUUACGGAAAGCCGGUACUCGAGGUCACAGCUGCUAGACGUCUUCAAAGCGCAACAGGAGUCUGGAACUGCAAAUAGGGACGUUUCACACCUAUACGCCAAUGAUUGGAAUCCCGGUCAUUCGAAUGGUGCAAAUGGCCGGACUGCUUGGGGUAGGAGCAGUGAGUCGAGAGAAACUUAUGGACCUGAAGUCUGCUGGGAGGCAGGCGGAAACAUUCAGCCAAUUGCUCUCGAAGAGAUGGAUGACACUGAGCGAAAGGUAUGCUAUAAUACUGGCGACUUUUGGGUGCCUACUGAUCGUUUGAAGCUCUUCUCUACCGAUGUCAACUCUCCUCUAAAGCCUCCACCGCAGAAUGCGAACAAGGACUCCAAUGCGCAAGGUGGAACCAAUGGUCGCAAAGCCUCUGUCUCCCACGGACAGGGUACAAAUUCGUUCGGACUCACAUCACCUGUAUCGAGCCGGCCUACUACAAGGCGCCAGAUGACAAGCGAUUCGAUCGCCGGUUUGAGUUCACCAGCCGGAACUGGUCGCUUCUCUCGGGAGGAGACCUCCUUUUUCAAUCGCAAGUUCAAUGAAAACAAAGAUGCCCCUGACGACCCCGCGGAAGAUAGGAAGAGCAACCUGCCGUUCGGGGGGUUAAUGCGUGCCAACACUGCUGGAAGCAUCCUCAGUAAUGGGCCGGCAUCUCCUUGGGGUCCGGCCUCAACUAGUGCUGCAAUGUCGCCAAUGGGAAAUUUUGGAAGUUUCGCGAUGGGAGGCUCCUCCCCCAAUCCUCCGACUCCCAUCGAGAAGAGGUCGGGAUUCGGUAGCAUGAGAGGAGAAAGUCGCCUUACCCACCUCAUGCCGAAAGAAAGUAUUGAAGACAUUUCAUCAAAGGCCGCGGAUAGGGCAUGGAGACCCCGGCAGCGUACUGACACCGAUCCAUUUGGUGAUGAACCUCCCGCAGGAAGUGCUGCUCUUGGGGGUGGUCAGGAUACUAGCCCUCCUAUAUCCCAGCGCAGAGCCCCGGGUCUUGAUACGCCAGUCCGAGGAGCAUCUGGCGAAUUUGGCAUGUCAGACUUGGCAAGCAUCCGCGAUAGUCACCGAGGAUUAAGCCAUCAGACUCCCCAUCACCAGGACGAAAAUGAGACCCUUAGCCCGGAGACAAACCCAUAUCGAAGCCCACCGGAAGAGAGACAUGACGAUGGGAAUUACGAGGGCGAUGCCGGUCUGCCAAGUCGAUUGCAGGGGCUUGGUGGCAUCCCUGAACACGGGGCAAACCUUUUCGGUAAUAUGCCAAGAGGCUUCUCUAGCGCACCUUUCGAGGGAAGCGAUCGAAGUCAAACAUCCAGUGUCGGCGCAACCAAAGCAUUUCCUGCUAUAGGUGGACUCUCUUCUCUUAGUGGCCUGGGAGGGAUGGGAGGUUGGCCCACGAGUGCUAAUCCCAUUGGAACCCCAGACCGUGAGAAUAGGCCCGUAUUUCCGGGCCCGUUUGGAAACUCUCUCUUCGGACCAAUGGGAGAGUUACAAUCACCCAGUCUGAAUGGCCUAGGAGGCGUGUUUGGCUCUGGUCCAAGUGGGAUUUCUUCAGGUACGAACACUAUUGGCAGAGGCAGCAAGCUAGGAUCAUUGUUUCCUGCUGCCAUGCAAGCUCAGAUGCAAGCAAACGAUAGUGAAAUUCCUGCCGAAGGUAGUGAUGGAAGGCAGAGCAGCGGGUUUGGCGCGAUUGGUAGAAAUACCUUAACUUCUCGCGAGACUGAUAGCCCCAUUCGUACUGGCCGCGCUUUUGAGGAUAUGUUCCAACCAUCGGAUACUUCACGAUUGCAAGGCCCAUGGUCUUCGUCUGACAUCGCCCAGGGUCAAACAGUAACUUCGUUAGGGCAAGGUGUCUCUGCCCAGUCGAACUAUCAGCAGUCGCAGGCUUCAUCGGAUUCAGCAUCGAACCAGUUGCCCACAGCCCAGCAAAAGAUGAUGGUUAUGCCAGAUAGAAUGAGAUGGGUGUAUCUUGAUCCUCAGGGCCAUGUUCAAGGACCAUUUUCUGGUCUUGAGAUGCAUGACUGGUAUAAGGCUAAUUUCUUUACACCGGACCUUUCCGUGAAGAAGCUUGAGGAGACAGAAUUUGAGCCUCUUGGCCAAUUGAUUCGCCGAAUUGGAAACUCACGUGAACCCUUCCUUGUUCCACAAAUUGGCAUCCCACAUGGCCCAGCAUCAACUCAAGCUGGAGGUCCUUUCACGCCAGCCGCGGUCGCACCUGGAGCCGCGCCACAGCCCGGCUCUGUUCAACCCCCUUUCGCCGGAGCUUUCCCAAGCUUUGGAACUACUUUGACUGCAGAGCAGCAGAACAAUCUUGAAAGAAGGAAGCAGGAAGAACAGUACCUCAUGGCCCGUCAACGGGAAUUUCUCGCUCAGCAACAGGUCACUAUGAAACAGUUGCAAAUGGGUGGACUUCCAUCUGCUUUGCAUCAUCAUUCAAGUGCUCACAGUCUCCAAAGUCAGCCAAGUUUCGGAAGCAUCACAUCUCCCAUCGGAAUACCUCAGCAACCCACCAUCACCGGGUCAUCGGGAUUUUAUGAUGGGGCAAGGCAGGCUCAGGCUCCUGGCCCAUCUGGUUUACAACAGGAUUUUUUUCGCGAAGAAGAAUUGGCCAAUCUGAAUAUCCAAGAACGCCAGCAGCUUUUUGGCGCCCCAGGGUCGCAGCAAUCCUCUCACGCACAACAAAUCGCUGCAAUAUUUGGUCAACCCCAAGCGCAGCGUGAAAAUUCCGGGAUGGAGGAAACCAAUACUAGCGACCCAUUGGGGUUCAAGGCUCGACUACUCCAAUUCGAGCAAUUGAGAGAGCAACAUGAUCAAGAGGAAGCUGCAGCAGCUACUGAAUCUUCUGUCCACGUCUUGAAUGAACCCAUUGGCCCGCCUCGACAAGUUUCACGUCACGAGUAUGACGAGGAGCCUGAGAUGCUACAGCCAGAGGUCCUCUCCUUGACCCAGCAGGUUCAGAAAGCAGCUUCUUCAAAGCAGUCACCGGUAUCGGCAAUCCAACCCGAGUCACCAUGGGCCAAGGUAAACCCUAGCCUUCCUAUGCCAUUCCCUCCACCUCAGUCUAGCACUCCAUUGCCAGCACCCACUGCUCAAAGGGGGCGAUCCAACUUACCAGAGGCGCUCAAUGUGGAGACGCGUUCGCGCUCCGAGACUCCCGACAUGGCAAGCUCUACUCCGUCUCUUGCCCCGUGGGCAAAGGAGCAGGCAGACGCACCCAGAGGUCCCUCUUUGAAGGAAAUCCAGGAAGCCGAAGCAAAGAAAGCUGCGAAGGAUGAAGAGAUCGCUGCUGCUGGACGUCGUAUUGCCCAUGAGCAAGAGAUGCGGUUGCUCACCAGUCAGCCGCUAGCACCUGCUCCCGGAUUGCCAACUACAGCCACAUGGGGCAACACCGCCUCUCCAGCUACGCCUACGAAUGCUUCAUCAGUAUGGGCAAAGCCAGCAGCGAUCUCCACCAUUACAGCUCCUAGCAAGUCUGCUAAUUCCAAGAAAACUCUUGCAGACAUUCAAAGGGAAGAGGAGCUGCGAAAGCAAAAGCUUGCAGCAGCUGCUGCCGCUUCACAACCUGCUUCUGUGUCCGGUGGAAAGCGAUAUGCUGAUCUUGCCAGCAAGUCAACUGCAAGUGUGCCAACAGUAGGAUCUGCUUGGUCUACCGUGGGCGCUGGCGGCAAAGUGAAGAUCCCCACCGGCCCAGCAGCCGCUGCCCCACAAGCUGUUCGUCCAGUGACCAGUGCAAGCAUUGCUACGCCAUCUAGUGUUCGUACUACCAAACCUGUACCAGUAAUUCGCAGUGUUACCGCAAGUGGAUCAGCCAGCACGACUUCCGCCCACGAAGAGUUUAACAAAUGGGCGAAAGCUACGUUGGCAAAGGGCCUCAAUUCUGGCAUAAAUGUGGACGACUUUGUACGCAUGCUCUCGGACUUUCCUCCUGAAGCUAGCAUCAUCACAGACAGCAUUUAUAGUAACUCACAACUGAUGGAUGGUCGCCACUUCGCUGAAGAAUACCUCCGACGUAAGAAGCUAGCGGAUAAGGGUGUUGUUGAACCUGCGUCUGGCGCUGGGGAGAAAUCCGGUGGUGGGUGGAGCGAGGUUGCCAAGAAAGGGCCACCCAAAGAAGAGACUGCUUCUCAGGCUUUCAAAGUCGUUCCUACCAAGAAAAAGGGAAAGAAAUAG